UGGGUCCAGGUGGUGCUGGAACAGGCUUUGGACCAGGAGGAGUCGGACCAGGUGGUGCUGGAACAGGCUUCGGACCAGGAGGAGUGGGACCAGGUGGUGCUGGAACAGGCUACAGACCAGGAGGAUUGGGACCAGGCGGUGCUGGUACAGGCUUUGGGCCAGGAGGAACUGGCUAUGGACCAGGAGGUAGGAUGAUAGAUAUUUAAAUAGAUCAGAUUUUUGAAGUGAUGAGAGUCCUUUGAUUCAUUAAAGAUGUUGAUGUACUUACAUUUUGCAGGCUAUGCCGGAGCAAAAGCUCGUAAAUAUGGUCUGCCUGGAGGUGCUGGAGGUGUUCUGGGUGCAGGUGGACAGGUUGUUGGAACAGGAGGUGGACUGGGGUUACCUGUUGGGACUGGUGGAGCAUUUGGGACAGGGAGAACAGGAUAUGGUCCUGCUGGAUAUGGACCAGGAGUUGGUUAUGGACCAGGCGGAGGCUACGGCUACGGGACAGGUGGAUCUAAAUCUAAAGCUGCUAAAUAUGGGCAACCUGGUGGAGUUACACCUGGGGCAGGAACAGGGACCAGCUCUACAGGAGUAGGAACAGGGACCAGCACUACAGGAGUAGGAUCAGGGACCAUCACCACAGGAGCAGGGGAUGGAAACAGGACAACAGGAGCAGCAGGAGCACUACCAGGUGCAGGGACUGUCACUGGGAUUCCGUUGAAUGGUACCAGCAUUGGUGUCAGUACUGGGACAACAGUUGGACCCACGGGAGGAGGAAUUGGUGCCACAGGAGGAACACAAGCUCCAGGAGCAGAAGGGGAAGGAGCUGCUGGCAGUGUGCUAGAGGGGUCUGGGAGUUCUGCAGGAGAAGGAGGUACUGGUUUAUCUGGUAGACCAGUGGGUGCAGGAGGUGAUGGAGAUGGCCUGAGUGGCACAGGAAUACCAAUCAUUGCUGCAAAACCAGGUGUCAAUGGGACAGCCGUACCAGGUGGUGCAGAUGGAGAUUUAAGCGGGAUGCUGCCAGGAGCCAAACCACUCAAACCCCCAGGUGUUCCGAGAGGAGACACUCCUGGUGAAGGAGAUGGAGGCCCUGAUGAAGAAAGAGGCAUCACUGGUGGAACAGAUGGAGGACUGGGAGGCGUGAGAGGGAGUCCUUCCAGUGCAGGAGCUUCAGGAGGCGUUUCAGGUGGUGCAACAGGAACUGGAAGAGGGGACAGCCCUGCAACUGGUACUGGAGUUGGACCAGGAGUAGGAGUAGGAGGAACACCAAAACCACCCAAAGAUGGUGCUGCAGUAGGAGGUGUAGGUGGGGUGCCAGGAGGAGGGACCGGGACAGGAGGAGGUCAAAGAGGAGUUGGAGGAGGUUCAGGAGGAGUGGGCUUGGUACCUGGCACUGGUGGAACUGGUGGAAUAGGAACUGGAGCUUCCAAACCUGGAAAAAGCUAUGGUGCUGGUGGAGCUGGAGUCUUACCAAGUGGAGGAGUACGUUACCCUACAGGGGCUGGAGUAGGACAAGGAACCGGAAAACGAGGCAAAGCAUAUGGGCCUGGUGGUUUUGGAGCUGGUCCAGGAGGUUAUGGUGCAGGUCCUGGAAGUUAUGGAACUGGUCCAGGUGGUUUUGGUGCAAGGCCUGGUGGAUAUGGAGUGGGACCUGGGAGCUUUGCAGGCACUGGUCUUGGUCCGGGUGGUGCUGGGGCCCUUGGAGUUGGAGGUGUUGGAACUGGAGGUUUAGGUGGAGGUGUGGGAACAGGGCCUGGUGGAGUUGCUGGUGGACAGGGCGGAUAUGGUGGUGGUGUAGGUCCUGGUGGAUCAAGAUAUGGCACUGGUCCAGGAAUUGGUACAGGCACAGGCAAACCACCAAAAAGUUAUGGAGGAAGAGCUGUUGGCACUGGCACUGGCACUGGUCCUGGCAGCUUUGGGCCAGGUGGACCUGGUGGAGCUAGUACUGGAACAGGAGGAUAUGGACCAGGUGGCUUUGGGCCUGGCAGUACUAGUGUUGGUGGUUAUGGACCUGGUGGAACAGGGCCAGGUGGAUAUAGACCCAGUGGUGAAGGGACAGGUCUGGGUGGUGCCGGAACAAGACCAGGAGGGAUUGGACCCGGUGGUGUUGCCACAGGACCAGGCAGCUAUGGACCAGGUGGGGCUGGUGUCGUUCCUGGUGUUUAUACUUCUGGAGGUCAAGGACUGGGUUCAAGAAAGCCCCCAAAAUCAGGUUAUGGAUCAUCCUCACUUGGAGGAGCUGGUUAUGUGCCAGGUGCAGGGUUUGGUAGUACCGGAGCUGGUGGAUAUGGUCUCGGGGGUGUUGGCACUGGGACUGGAGGUGUUGGACCAGGUGGCAUCGGCACUGGGACUGGGGGUGUUGGACCAGGUGGUGUUGGCACAGGAACAGGAGGCCUUGGGCCAGGUGGUGUUGGCACAGGUACAGGAGGCUUCGGACCAGGUGGUGUUGGCACAGGAACAGGGGGCUUUGGACCAGGUGGUGCUGGCACAGGACCAGGGGGCUUUGGACCAGGUGGUGCUGGCACAGGACCAGGAGGCUUCGGACCAGGUGGUGCUGGCACGGGACCAGGAGGCUUCAGACCAGGGGUUGCUGGCACAGGACCAGGAGGCUUCGGACCAGGCGGUGUCGGCACAGGAACUGGAGGCUAUGGACCAGGUGGUACCAGCAUCAGUACCGGAGGCUAUGGACCAGCAGGGCAGGGAUUUGGAAAAAGAAAGCCAUACAAAUCUGGUGUAAGUACAGGUACAACUGGAGGGUUUGGACCAGGUGGUGCCGGCACAGGGAUAUUAGGAGGCUUUGGAACAGGUGGUGCUGGCACUGGAACUGGAGGAGGCUUUGGGCCAGGUGGCAUUGGUACAGGAACUGGUGGAGGUUUUGGACCAGGUGGUGCUGGCACAGGAACUGGAGGAGGCUUUGGGCCAGGUGGCGUUGGCACAGGAACUGGUGGAGGCUUUGGACCAGGUGGUGCUGGCACAGGAACUGGAGGAGGCUUUGGGCCAGGUGGCGCUGGCACAGGAACUGGAGGAAGCUUUGGACCAGUUGGAGGCUUUGGACCAGGUGGUGCUGGCACAGGAACUGGAAGAGGCUUUGGACCAGGUGGUGCUGGCACAGGAACUGGAGGAGGCUUUGGACCAGGUGGUGCUGGCACAGGAACAGGAGGAGGCUUUGGGCCAGGCAGCCAAGGACUGGGAAAAAGGAAACCAUCUAAAUCUGCUUUUGGGGGACCUGGAUUUGGAUCAGGAAUAUUAGGCAGUGGCACAGGAGUCGGUCCUAGCAGAGCUGGAGCUGAACCUGGAAGUGCUGGAACUGGUGGCUUUGGCCCAGGAGGUGCUGGAACUGGGGGCUUUGGCCCAGGAGGUGCUGGAACUGGUGGCUAUGGCCCAGGAGGUGCUGGAACCGGUGGCUUUGGACCAGGAGGUGCUGGAACCGGAAGCUAUGGCCCAGGAGGUGCUGGACCUGGUGGCUUUGGCCCAGGAAGUGCUGGAACUGGGGGUUUUGGCCCAGGAGGUGCUGGACCUGGUGGCUUUGGCCCAGGAGGAGCUGGAACUGGAGGCUAUGGCCCAGGAAGUGCUGGAACUGGGCCAGGGGGAUUUGGAACUGGUGGUCAAGCACCUGGGAGCAGGAAGCCUUCUAAGUCAGGCUUUGGCUCAUCGUUAGGUGGAACCAGCUAUGGACCAGUUGGUGCAGGAGGUGUGGUUCCUGGAGCAGGCACAGGUAUUGCUGGAGGGCCAGGAAGUGUAGCAGGAGGAACUGGAGGGGCAGGAGGGUCUGCUGGAACAGGUCGGGGAGUAGGAGGAGCAAGUGGCUUACCAGCAGGGGGUGCUGUCCCUGGCUAUGGUGGGGUUGGUGGAAGCUAUCCAGGAUAUGGAGGGGCUGGACAAAAAACAAAGGCACAGAAGGCAGCCAAAUAUGCAGCCAUGCAGGCCUUACUGGGAGCUGGAGGCUACAGAGGUGCUGGCUGUCAGGGUAAAUACUGUGGCCGAAGGAGGAAGUGAAAGGCCAACACACAGGAAGUGACCUCAUUAAAACAACAGUGGUGCUAUUGAAUUUUCCCAGAUUGUAAAUGUUUCAUACAUGCAAUAGAAGCUAAAGCUUCAACACAUUCCAGAUAUUACACUUUUAUUUUGUUAAUAUAAAGGUCUCUUUUAAAAAGAGCAAUGGUUCUCAGCCUGUUAGGGCCUUGGUGAUGUUCAAAAUUAAGUGAUUUCUUUUGUCAAAGGAUAUUCGGCAGUGCGGUAAAACCUGUUUGUCAGGAUAUCUAUUUGACUAUUUUUAAAAUCAAAAAUAUUUCAACACUUUCCAACAGAGAGCACAUGUUACUGUAAGAUUGGACUGGGGCACAUUUGUAAUAAUUUUUCCCUCCCUUGUUCACCGUCCUUCUCUUUCUAGGGCCUGAUUACCAGGCUGAGAACCAUUCAAAAGAGUUGUGAAACUGUUUAAUGUUGUUUUUUUUAAAUAUAUUUAACAUCAUUUAUGUUCCUGUGCAAGUAUCACCAUGAAUCCUCUGGGUGAAGACUGCUAACAGGGACACCCUCAGGGCAGCUCCUUCAGACCUGUCUGCAUGCUGACACAGUGUUAAAAGUCUCCAAGGCCACACUUACAUCCAUUUAGACUGGAUUUAAGGUCUGCAGAAUGUAAUGUUUGUUUUAUUAGUUCACUGUUCUUAGCUUUUGCAUCCACAGGCUAUCACUUGAAUCUUUUGUAUGAGCGGUUCUAGGAGAAGAUCCACGUGGCUGAGGGUUUGGGGGGACUGCAAAAAAAAGACAUGAUUUAUUCAGUCAGUUGUUGUUUGGACUGGUUAUUAUCUGGUCCUUGAAAAGCAGCCUAGGUUCAUUCUAUCUGCCUGAAGGCAUCAAGAGUGAAAACUAAAGUGGAAGCUGAAGGUCCCUCACUGUUAACACUCUAAAAUUCUUCCAUUCCGACCAAAAAUGCAUUGUUUUAUAGCUACAUUGCAAUAAUGGUGUUAGUGUAUUUUUGCAUAUUUUUGAAUAGUAAAAUAAUGUGUUGUUAUGUUUGGCCUGGAUCUAGCUUUUAGCUGUUCAGGAAUACAAUUAAACCAAGUGUGAGACAAUAUAAGAACACUUAAAUGACAUUCAUAAAGCAUUGAUUACUGUGUUUUUUCAUUUUGUUGUACCUCUUUUAACACUGUCGGUAAAGUUUUCACAUUUGCUUGUGUUUUUAAAUUAUGCUGACAAAAAGCAGAACAAGCUGAGUGCUAUCUAUGCAUUUUAAAUUUCUUUUUUUUUUACAAUAUUUUGUGUAUUAAUUAAGUAUUUUGUGGUGUUAAACUUGUACUACAAUGAUUAAAAAUGAGUGCUUUCUUUUCAACAUUGUCUUUACACAGUCGCUCAUUCACUUUGAGCUUACACUCAUGUCUCUGUCGUGUACCUCAACAUGUUUGCUUAACAUCUGUGUUCUUUUUGUGGCUAAUGAAGAGAAUGAUGCACUUUUGUAAACUUUCAGAUGAUGCUUUCUGAAAUAAAGAAAUGACUGAUGACAGUUGUGUCAGGUUAGUAGUUAUUUUGAAGCAAUAAGAAAUGUUAGCUGUUUCUCAAAGUCCAGGAUCCUUACUCUGUGGGAAGGAUCCUCCCAAGUCAAGACCCUUGGAGGCGAGGUCAGAGUCCUCCCUGGCAUCUCUUGAACACGCAUUUGGAACAGGCUAGCGAGUGUGUGCGUGAUUACGUCGUAGGAAGGGUCACGCCCAUAAACAUGGUGGCAGAAAUCAAAAUGGGAGGGGUACCAACAACAACUUUCACAAGUUUUACCACCCUGCACCAUCUAAUAAGCUAUCACAUCAUCACAUAA